AUGGGUCUUAUCGAAAAGUUGCAAGCAAAAAUCGAGCUCUAUCGGUUAGAGCAGCGGUAUGCUCGUCGCAAACACCGCAGCACAUUCUCGGGUGUUCAGUACGUCGACGGUGAGUAUGUGUACACCAAUGGGUCGAGCUCGCCAGGGACAGUCUCCAAGCACUCCACAGGUAGCUACUGGAAAACACCUACCUGGACUGUAUCGUCCAGCGAUUCCCGUUGCCGGUGA